AUGGAGCUAGGUGUUUUUGGUGCGACUAUUGAUCGGCAUUAUGAAUCUCCUGACCAUGUAAUAUUUUACGUUAUUAAAGUAUGACAUACUUUGUCAAAAAUAUCAUGAACUGUAGAUAAACGAUACAGCCAAUUUGAUGCUUUUCAUAAAGAUUUGCUAAAAAAAUUUCCUGGGAUUCCGCAGCUUCCAAAGAAAACUUUAUGAAAAAAAUACAGCAAUAGCUUCCUUAAUAACAGGCAGCAAGGGAUAAAUGAAUUUUUACAAGGGAUUUUAUCAAGGCAAGAUAUCGCUGAGUCUGAAGAAAUUUAUAUUAAAUAUAUAUAAAUAUAAUUUUGCCAGCCAUUACAAAUUUUAAUAAUUCUCCCCUUUAAAAUUGGAAGUCAUCUCUUUCAAUCUAAAUAGCGUUCAACCUGCAUUACCUCUAUUUAAAAUAAAAUAAUCUAUUGAUAAAAUUUGAUUUCGGCGACAUUAAAUUAGGUAUCAAUACUAUUGAGUAUAAAUUAUUAUUUUACCUAUAAUUUUGCUCUAUUUAUUUAUAGGGCUAAGAGAUGAGAAGUAAGAAAAUUCAUAUAAUUUUAAUAUAAAAAAAUUUUUGCAAUUAGACCAAUUUAUCCCAAAGCCAAGAUUCAAUGCCCCUGAACUUAUCUCUAAAUUAGAUACAGAAGGAAAGCCUAUUUCACUGACAAUUUUUAAAAGCUUGCUAUUUGUCUGCUCAAAGUUAAAAGGAAAUUUUCAACAAAAAUCAGAAGAAUCAAGCUUAGAAGAAGAUGAAAAAAACGCUAUAAAUGGGGCAGUUACUCUAAUGAAUAGCCGCCAAGGCUAUAUUUAUAAUGAAUCAUGAAAAAUUCCUUUUGCAACUGAAGUCACUUGUAUGAGCUGAAAUGAGCACUUAGACAUUCUUUCAAUAGGGACUGAGGAAGGAAUUAUUUUUUGUUAUAGAGCAAGGACUGAUAUAGGGUGCACUCAAUAUGACGAUUAUUGUACUCUGACAAACCAUAAUAAAAAUAUUAUUGGGAUUGUGGUAAACCAUACAAACUCGACACUUUAUUCGUGUUCAGAAGAUAAUAAAUUAAUUUCAGUCUUAUUAUACUAAUUCUUAUAAAUGUUUAAGUGCCAUAGCUAACAAUUUUAAUGUUAAUAUUUAAUAGAAUGCUUUAUAAAUGAAGAAAUUAAUGAAAUUGCAGAAGCCGAAUUCCCUGGAAUCCCAGUGUCAGCGGUAUCUGAUUUUAGUGCCUCAAAAAUUCUAAUUGCCACCAAAUCUAAUGGGAUUUUAAUAUUCGACGUAGCAAGCCUUACACCUAUAUUUAUACAGAAUAUUAAUACAAAUAUUGAAAUAAUUUCUAUGAAUAUUUGCUUAAACGGAAACUUCUUUAUAGGAACCGGAAACUCUGAGCUGAAUAUUUAUCAAAAAGCAGAGGGAAAUAAUUUUGAGCUCCAGCAGUCAAUUAAGGCAAGGACUUUGCUAAGUGUAAUGAUUUAUGCAAACAGCCGAGACGAAAUUUUUGGAGGAAAUAGUGAAGGAGUUUUGCAUAUAUGGAAUUUUACGACGGGGGUUUUAUCAUUUACAUGGAAAGCUCAUGAAUCAGCCAUUUUGUGUUUAAAUUAUAUAGAAAAUGAAGAUGUCCUGCUUAGCAGUGCUGAAAACGGAGAAAUUAAAGUUUGGAGGUUGCCAAAAUUAACGAAGGAUCCGAGCUUUUAUGACAGAGGAAAAUUUAAAGCUGAGGUGAUAUUUCAAACAUAA